AUGACAUUGACAUCUGCAAAGGAGCACGAGCAGGAAGAGGUCGACCAAGUCGAGCGUUGCUCGGCCAUUGCCAAGGAGCACGAUGGCAUCGUCCCCGGUGCCAACGAGGCUCAGCGCCAAUUCUUCCUCGAAUUCGCUUCAAAGGACGAGGAAUGGCGAUUGAUCCACGAGAAGAAGCUGCUUCGGCGCAUCGACUUGCACCUGAUGCCGUUCCUCGUCAUCAUGUAUCUGCUCAACUUCCUCGACCGAUCGAACCUGGCACAGGCACGACAGGGAACGCUGGAAAAGGACCUGGGCAUGAAGGGCACAGACUUUAAUCUGGCGACGAGCAUCUUUUUCGUCGGCUAUCUGCUCAUGCAGCUGCCGUCAAACCUGCUCAUCACAAGGGUGCGGCCGUCGCUGUACCUGGCGACGUCUGUGCUGCUCUGGGGCGUCGUGUCGACUUGUAAUGCGGCGACACACAACUUUACGCAGCUGGUAGUGACGAGAUUCUUCUUGGGCUUCGUCGAGGCGCCGUUCUUCCCGGGCGCCGUGUUCCUCAUGUCCUCCUGGUAUACCCGCGCCGAGCUCACGCGGCGCGUGGCGUGGUUCUACUGCGGCAACGCCCUCGCCAACAUGUUUGGUGGCUUGAUUGCGUAUGGAGUCUUGAAGGACUUGUCAGGCAACGCCGGCAUUGCCGGAUGGCGGUGGCUCUUUAUCGUGGAAGGAGUCGUGACGAUUGGCGUGUCGUUUGUAGCCGCGUUUGUGCUGCCCGACUAUCCUGCGACGACGCGCUGGCUGAGCGACGAGGAGAAGGCGUUUGCGGCGUGGCGGCUCCUGGUCGACGUCAACGAGGCCGACGAGCUCAAGGCGACGACGAUCUGGCAGGGGGUCAAGCUCGCGCUGCUGGACUACCGACUUUACAUCUUCGUCUUGUUUACACAUCUCAGCAUCCUUUCCAUGACGUUCCAGUACUUCUUCCCCAGCAUCGUGCAGACUCUCGGCUACGAUAAGCUCAUAACGCUGCUCCUGACAGUGCCCGCUUGGUUUGCGACAUUCAUCGUCGCCGUAUUUGUCAACUGGACAGCGGCGCACUACAACGACCGCUCCAUCCACAUCUUCUGCCUCAUGAUCCUCGCCACGGCAGGCAACGUCAUCGCCACAGCGUCAACCUCGACAGGCGCGCGCUUCUUCGCCAUGUUCCUCAUGCCGGUCGGGGCCGUGUCGACAUACACAUUGGUCGUCGGGUGGGUGGCCAACUCGUUCCCGCGGCCGCUCGUCAAGCGGUCCGCCGUCAUCGCCAUCGCCAACAUGAUUGGCAACACGGCGUCCAUCUACGGCAGCUACAUGUACGACGAGAAGACGGGCCCGCAGUACGUGCCGGGCGGGAGCGCAAACGCCGUCAUCAGCUUCCUCGUCGCGGUGCUGGCGAUUGUGCUGCGGUACAUCCACAAGUGGGAGAACAAGAAGCUGGAGCGGGCGGACAGGGAGGCGAUCGAGGAGGACGGCGAGGUGGCGCGGGACGGACCCGUCGGCUUCCGCUACAUCUAUUAA